CCCAGCGCGGCGGUGGCGACGCGGAGCCGGGGCGAGCGGAGCCGCGGGUAAAGGGAGCUGAGCCGCACCCGCGCGUCAGGCCCGGCCGCAGAUUCCGUAGACUCUCAGCUUGGCAAUCUGAAAAAUGCAUUAUCUUAUGCUGCUGUUGAAGUGAGAACAGUCCAGGAGAGUUGGAAAACAAGAACUAAAUCUGGUCUAAUUCUGAAUGUAAAGAAACAGUCCUGAAUUUCUUCAGAGGUUUGACAGAUACAGUAAUGAAGAUUUUCAAUGGCUUAACAGAUACUGUGAUUUACAUUUUCAAUGAAUAGCUGUUCAUGAGCAGUUAAUCAUCUCAUUGUCAUCUGGGAAGCUGUGAACACAGUUAACUUCUGUGUCAGGAUUGCACUGUAAGUGAAAUGUGUGUGUGGAAGGGGCAACACCAGACCUGCAUCAUCUUGAAGCUAGCAAGGCUGGAGAAGUGACCAAAACCAUCCUCUCAUGGAGCAGCUUGCUACUUAGUUAAGGUGAAUGAAUGCUAAGGCUUAAUGAGGGUGUGAAAUCUCUACUCUAAAUCAUAUAAAAAAAUCCUUGCUCCUCCCUUAAUGCUUUCCCUCCUACCAUUCCAAGGCAGUUAGUGCUGCUGCCACCAGGACAAACAGCAGCCCUUUGUUAGCCCUUGCCUGGGGCACCCCUUGUCCUCACUACUGCUGCUCUCUUGCCAUCUGGGAAUCCCAAAGACCCUGAAAGGAGCCUUUUGCUGCCUAGUCUCCAAGGUUAUCUGGUUCAGUAAAUCUGUAUUACCUCCAGUACACAUCAAGCUAACCUGUAGCUUCAGUCCUCCCAGCAUUUACUUUCCUGUGGGGAUGGGAACAUCCAGUCUGUACCACAGAGCUUGUAGGCUUCUUAUUCGAGGUUUGGUUACUUCUCCAAGGAUCCAAAUCUGUGACUUUAUUAACACCAAAAUUAUAUGUGCUAGAAACUUUGUCUUGGCAUUGAAAUGGCACUACAAGUACUAUAGCACAAGAAGUCUGAAAGGGCCCUGCUUGAGCUGCAGUGCAUGACUGCCUGCUUCGAAAGCUUGUGGAAUGUUUGAAAUAUGAUCCAGACAGUGACUUGGACCACCUUCCAGCUGCCUUCACCAGUCUGAGCAAGGGUAUUGAAAUGGCAAGCAAACCUCAGAGGAUAAAACUGUGAAUGGCAUGCUUUGAGCCAAGUGCUGAAGGGUGUCUUUGGUCCCUCAUCUGACUGCUGUGAGAGUCAUGUGUCUGCGCCGUGGGACCUGGCGAGACACCCUGGGUGCUUCCCAGGAAAGACUGACUGGCUUCAAGAAAUCUUGAUGGUUAAAAUGGAGAGCAAAAAUCAUGUACAGCAGCUGAGUACUGAGGCAAGAUAGAGGUCAGUUGUCCAGGAGACACAUUUUUGUAUUGAGUGUAGAAAACACCAAAGUUUUCCUUUGUUUAGAACCAUGGCUGCAACUAGCACAUGCAGGUGGUUGAAUGCUGUUGGAGUCUCCAUCUGUUUAGACGUGCUGGAAGAUUGCUGCUUCUAGUGGAUGGUGGGCAUGCUGUCAGCCAGUCUGAGGGAGAAACUGUCACUGGAAAUAGCAGCAGUGAAGGAGAAUGCACAUCCAACUGCCCAGGAAGACAAAGUUCUGCUGUGAGUGCCACAAAGGGAAGUAUUCACAAGGCAGUUACUGGAGGACAGAAGUUAAAAGGGACAAGUUACAAGUGACUGGUUGAAUGACCAGAUUGACAAUUGGAGAAAAGUUGAAAACUUCAGUGUGCCAGCUGUGAAGGCUUUUGCUUCCCAGAACCUAUGGAAACUUUUCUAACACUAUGAACUGUAUUAAACAUUAUCUUAACUCCUGAUUUCAUGAUAUAUGCAUUUAUUAUUUAAUGAAGAUUCCUUCUCAUUAGGGUGUUUUAUUAAACUUGUUCACAUUGAUACAUGGAGACUGUUAAAUACUUUCACUUCCAAAGGGGAAAAAAGCUUGGGAUGGGAACAGAAGGAUGUUAGAAACCAAUACAGAAAUCUGUCUGAAAAGAAGACUCUUCAGCUGGCAUGGCUGUGGAAGAAGAGUUUAAAUACUUUAGGCUUUUCAGCUUUACCACACUAUUUAAUGAAUUCCAGAUAGCUAUUUUGACUUCCUAUGGAUGAUAUCAAUUACACUUGAAAGAAAACACAAGGAGAAGCUGAGAGAUAACAUAAAUCUUUGUAGACAGCUUGGCUGCAAGCAGUUAAACUGAAAUAAACUUCUGCCUGCUGGCUGCAGUGCUGCUUUGAGGUUUCUGCGUGACGCUCUGCAGACUAAAUCAUGCCGGCGUUAUCAGCUGGAUCUGGAAGUGACACAGGUCUGUACGAGCUGCUGGCUGCAUUGCCAGCCCAGCUGCAGCCACAUGUGGACAGCCAGGAAGACCUGACCUUCCUCUGGGAUAUGUUUGGUGAAAAAAGCCUUCAUUCACUGGUGAAGAUUCAUGAAAAACUGCAUUAUUAUGAAAAACAGAACCCGAUGCCCAUACUCCAUGGUGCAGCAGCCUUGGCAGAUGAUCUGGCUGAGGAGCUGCAGAGCAAACCACUGAGCAGCGAGAUCAGAGAGCUGUUGAAACUCCUUGCAAAACCCAAUCUCAAGGCUUUGCUGUCUGUACAUGAUACUGUUGCUCAGAAGAACUAUGAUCCUGUCUUGCCCCCCAUGCCUGAUGAUAUUGAUGAAGAAGAAGAUUCAGUUAAAAUAAUCAGGCUCGUCAAAAACAGGGAACCAUUGGGAGCUACUAUUAAAAGGGAUGAACAUACUGGUGCAAUUGUAGUGGCCAGGAUAAUGCGUGGAGGAGCUGCAGAUAGAAGUGGGCUUAUUCAUGUUGGUGAUGAACUGAGGGAAGUCAAUGGGAUUCCCGUAGAUGAUAAAAAGCCUGAAGAAAUAAUACACAUUUUGGCUCAGUCUCAAGGAGCCAUUACAUUUAAAAUUAUACCCAGUGUGAAGGAAGAGAUGCCAGUGAAGGAAGGCAAGAUGUUUAUCAGAGCCUUAUUUGACUAUGAUCCUAAUGAAGAUAAAGCAAUUCCUUGUAAAGAAGCUGGACUUGCUUUCAGAAAAGGAGAUAUCCUCCAGAUCAUGAGCCAGGAUGAUGCAACCUGGUGGCAAGCCAAACAUGAAGGUGAUGCCAAUCCCAGAGCAGGCUUGAUCCCUUCAAAGCAUUUCCAGGAGAGGAGAUUUGCAUUAAGAAGACCAGAAGUGCAGGUUCAGCCACUGAAAAUUUCCAACAGAAAAUCAUCUGGUUUUAGAAGAAGUUUUCGUCUUAGCAGAAAAGAUAAAAAAACAAACAAGUCCAUGUAUGAGUGCAAGAAGAGUGAUCAGUAUGAUACAGCAGAUAUCCCAACCUAUGAAGAAGUUGCAAAGUAUAGACGACAACCUAAUGACAAAUACAGGCUUGUUGUUUUGGUUGGUCCUGUAGGGGUUGGACUGAAUGAACUUAAACGGAAAUUGCUAAUCAGUGACACCCAGCACUACGGGGUAACAGUGCCACACACUACCCGUCCAAGGAGAAGCCAAGAAAGUGAUGGUGUCGAAUACAUUUUCAUUUCCAAGCACUUGUUUGAGACAGAUGUGCAGAAUAACAAGUUUAUCGAGUAUGGCGAGUAUAAGAACAACUACUAUGGUACAAGUUUAGACUCUGUUCGAUCAGUUCUAGCUAAAAACAAAGUUUGUUUGUUGGAUGUACAACCUCAUACAGUGAAACACUUACGGACAUAUGAGUUUAAACCAUUUGUUAUAUUUAUAAAACCUCCAUCACUUGACCGUUUGAGGGAAACCAGAAAAAAUGCCAAGAUUAUUUCAAGUAAAGAUGAUAAGGGAACUGCAAAACCCUUCACAGAAGAAGAUUUUCAUGAAAUGAUUAAAUCUGCCCAUGUGAUGGAGAGCCAGUAUGGCCACCUUUUUGACAAGGUGAUAGUCAACGAUGACCUCGCUACAGCUUACAGUGAGCUUAAAACAACUUUCGACAGGUUGGAGACCGAGACCUUCUGGGUUCCUGUCAGCUGGCUACACUCAUAGUAACAUUUUAAUUAGACAAAACCUCUGCUGUUGUAUCAGCAACCUUGGGCAUGGUUAUGCUUUACUUGAUGGCCAUUUUCUUGGGAGGAGGGCUUUUAACUCUACUGAGCAGCAGGUAUACUCUUCAUGCACUUGGAACUGGUCUUGUUUUCUCAUGUCUUCAAUUCUGCUGCCCACAGUUUGGGGCAGAACAGUCCAAUUAAACCAGAGAUUUACUGUGAUCUGUAAAGUGAGCUAAUACUAGUACAGCAAAACUGCCAAACACCUCUUUAUUUCAUCUGUGUGUUUCCAAGGUGAGUGUUUUUAACACAGAGUUCACAGAAGAUACAAAUUGAUGCUGUAGAUCAGCACUUCAGUGGUUUAAACGUAACUGUUCCCAUAAAUGAGCACAUCAGCACUUGGAAGUUAUUGCCCUUUAAAGUGCUGGAGAGAACUGAAACAGGCAAAAAUGACCAACAUUUUUUAUGAGGAAGACACCAUAGUUUUAAUUAUGUAUCAAUGUGUUUUUACUUUUCUAGAUGUGAACCUUGUCUUACAUGUACAGAUUGAUUUAAGUAUUUCUUUGCAAUUACAUAAUCAUGGAAAGAAAGUGGCUUAAUAGUGACACUCAGCUGUGAGCAUGCAUGGAUUGAAAAUACUUUUCACGCAUGCUCUGUGGCACAACAAAGAAAAGUCAUGGGAAUAAUUAUUUAAAUAGGAAAAAAUGUGAGUUAGUGUGUAUAUAACUUCAAAGUCUUUGGGAUUAAACUACUGUAAAAUCAGUGGCAAAGGGAUAUGAAUAGCAACAAAGUAGAGAAUAAUUUUUUCCCCCCUUUAAAUUGAUUUUAAGUAUUUUUGGCACACUUUAGAACAAUUUUCCCAUCUGAAAUUUUCAAAGAGUGAGGAAACCUUGGACAUGUGAGAAGCAGUUGAAAGAGAUUAAUUCUUUUUAUUGUUGAGUAUGUAGUGAUACUUUUUAGUAGUGUAACAUGUAUUUUGUCACCACUCACAAAUAAAUUAAUGCUGUGGAGUUCACCGUAAAAAACAUCCUUGUCACUGGUCAGGCAUUUGGAAACCCCGCUGUAAGAUUUGAUGUGUCAGUGUAAGCAAAUGUAUAUUAGAGGAUGUAUUUUUAAUAUAAAUAAUUUGGUAUUUUUCUUUACUUACUACUGAUAUGCAGGAAAUAAGUACAGGUGUAAAGACCAAGUAACACCUGUGUGUUGUGUUGUGAAUAUGUCUUGUAAGUACAGAAUGUGUGUAGGAAGUUGCUGACUUCAGAUCAUCCCAUCUGUGGCAUUCAAACAGGAAACCAUUAUUUCAUGUUAAUCUGUAAAGAGAAUAUAGCUCUCUUGUUUAAAGAAAAAAGAAUUUAGUGACACUUUACAUAUUUAUGAAAGGGUUGAAAAGGGAUGUUAAGUUUUUAAAUUUCUUGUCAAUGUGAUCAUUUAUUAAAGAGAUUACUAAGUCUGUAAUUGGAAACGGUCUCUGUAAAUGGAGCUCAACAUUCCAUGUAAAUAUUUUAUUUCAGUUCAUAUGCUGAUAAAGCCAUGAGGUUUUGUAGUUUUAUUCUAAAUGUGUAUUUAAUGUGUGGGCCAUUUAGCUUAGAGUCUUAUAAAACAAGUGAAAUGCAAGAAACAACAGCAAAAUCCCUGGGAGUCUGGAAAUGUUUAUGCAAGAGUUACAGAUGUACUGAGUCCCAGUAUGGAUACAUGCUCUGCUUGAACAGCUCUACUGUAACUUCUGUCAAAUUUCACCAUUUUCCUGGUGGACUUAAACUUUUUUUGUAACAUAAAUAGGAAAUUUUUGAUUAACUUAAUUGCAUAUAGAUUAUCUGAGUUGAGAAAACAUUUUCUAUUUUUUUUUUUUAAUUACUGAUUUUUUAAAUUACCGGAAAUCAAACUUUUUCAGGGGAUAUGGAAUUCAGCGGGUCAGUUUGCCUUUGCCUGUGAGAUGCCAAGUGUCUUCACCAUAUCUUGAAAUGGAGAGGACACUCGGCAUCUCCCAAGAUCUGGUCAAUUCCAACAGGAGGGGCUUUAGUCCUCACUAAAACAUUAUUAACAUUACUUCUAACCUGGGCUGUCUUGGAACACUGGGGUACAGUCACACUUGCAUAAGGGACCUGCUUUUCUCUUUGUGAAGUAGAUGCUAGAAUAAUCUGCAGACUCCCUGGUAGAGACAGUUCUGGCUGUCCUGCAGGCUGUUUUUCCUGUCUUUUUGAAAUUAAUUUAGUUCCCAUUCCUGGGUCGGUGUGGUCUGGGAGGCUCUUGUGCACAGCUCUGCUGUCCUGGGCAGAGGUAAGCAGCGUGGUGCUCUGCUGCAUUCCCAGAGACACUGACCCUCUGAUCCACGGCACAUCCUGGCAGGAGUCUCCCAGACCGAUGGCUGCCUGCCCCGUCCCUGAGCCAGGAGCUAAUUCCUGAAUAGUAACACCUGCAUAGGAAAGGGAAUCUCAGAAAUAUAGUUCCAACCAACAGAGUAAAAUGUGCACAGUCUCUGAAGAGUUAGAAAUGGUUUUAAUUACAUUACUAAAUUGCUCUCUAAAAGUCAACAUUAUUGCAUUAUUUAGCUUCAAAAGCUAAAAAUCAAAGCUCUCCACGAGGCAGGCAGAGAUGACAGUAGGUCUAAGCAGAAAAAAUGUCUUAGUUUCAACAGGACAGGAGCCUGCUUACAUGAUGAUGAGCCUGUGUGCUGAAUUGUUCUGGGAUACCAAGGGGAACAGGGGGGUGGAUUGUUCCUUUGACUCCUAAGAAUUUGGGAAGGAAGACAACUAAACAUGUUUCCAAUGUUCCACAUAUUCAAGUUGUGCUGUGUGGGUUUUUAGAGAAAUGUAUGUUUUGACAGUCAAGUCCAGAUGUUUUUAUUGUGUUCUAGCUGUUUGCUGUAGUCAAACAAAGGGUAGUAUUUUUAAGUAUUGUACCAAGCUCUAUACUUGAAUUCACCAUCAGGUCCUUGGUUGAUGUCCUACCUGAAAUCUGAUCUUACCUUCUUAUGCAAAACAAUAAAUUAUUGAUAUACCACU